UUAACUGCCGAAAGGGAUGCCCUAGCUAAGCAGCUCGAAGAGGUGCACUCCGUCAGAUACACCGAAGCAGAAGAACUAGCAGAGCAGCAGAAAUCAAACUAUGAAGCACGACUGAAAACACAGGAUAUCCUUAUUCAGGAAUUAUCAACGCAGCUAGCGCGCUCGGAGCCGCUUGCUAGGUCCGGCCAGACGUCUUCGUUACAUUUCAUGACGCGUGAAGCAGUAGAGGAGGAAAAGCGGAGCCUGGAGCAGGAAGUUGCGAAAUGGAAGGAAGCCGCGAACCAGGAAAAACAGCGCAGAGCCGAGUUGGAACAGCUAGAGAAAGAACUACGAUUCGAACUGAAUGCAGAGAUCGAGCGGUCCAAGUCCCUAGCGGCCAAAGGUCCGUCCCGCGACGGGCCGGGCUCAACGACCAAAGGCAAGUUCAGAGGCCCUGGCAAGGAGCCAACCAGCAUGGAAGGCCGUGUUAUACGCUUCUACGAAGACCUCACGAAUUUGCUGGUGCCCAAGCAUUAUAUGGAAAAGAGCCCCCACGAAGGUUUGCCGGACGAAUGGUGCUUUUCUUGUGUCUACACGCACGCAGAAACAAGCAACGCACUCAAUUUUAGUUUGCGCCUCUUCUCCGAACCAGCACCAGACGGCUCUGACGACCUGAUCGACCAAGUCAAAUAUACGCCGUACGAGCUGGACAAAGAAACAGACGAAUUUCGGGAGAAGCUCGGCUUCUUCAACACGCCGUUCACUUUCGAGAGAUCACAAUUACAUGUUUUCCUGCGCUCACUGGGCGAGACCGUACAGAACGCAGCAGCGGAUCAAGAUAACGCGAGUGAAAACCAAGGUGGGGAGGAGUUGGUAUACCCUGAAUGAGCUUUAGCACACAUGCCAGCGGGUCAAGUUCUUGCUUAGGAUUCACUGAUGUUUUGUCUACGGGUUUGGCGGUUACCUCUAACGAACUGUAUUCAUACUUUUGAGUUUGGCUGCUUGGCGUCACUUGAAUCCACUAGCUUUCUGCCAGAUUGCGAGUGCCCUCUCGUCUCGCGUUCUCCUUGCCUUCUGAACUGCCAAUUCAACGAAACCGCCUUCGACGUCCGAACCACCCAAAUUUGCCCCCGCUUUCAUCAGGAUAUCCACUAUAUUCUCAUGGCCCUGCCGUGCUGCAUAGUACAACGCAGUAUGACCCAA